AUGAUGGUUGAGAUUAUUGAAGAAACUCAAGAGACGGUUGAUGAAGAAAAGUGUUAUAUGUAUUACAGUAGCAUUGGAAUCAGCAGGGAAGAAGGAGAGAAAGAAAAGAUGAUGAAAGAAGAUCAGGAGAUGGCAGCUCAGAACGUUGAUGAUGAUGGUGAAAAUGGUAAAACUGAGAAAGUUCUUGAAAAAGAAAAAGUUUUGAAAGAAAAAGAAGAAGAGCUGACACAAAAAUACAAUGUUUUUAAAAAAGAAAAUGAAAUGUUAAAGCGAAAGUGUUCAGCAAAAUGCAACGAGUGUAUUAAAACAGAAAAUAAUAUUCAAGAGUUGCAAAAAGAAUAUGAUGCGAUGAAAUAUUCACAUCACAUGAUGAAAGAAGCAUACGAUGAGAUGAAGGAUAGAUUUAAAGAUCUUGAAAAGAGAGUUUUAAAAUAUGUUGAAACUACCAAAUUUCUUGAAGCCAAUUUUAAAGAUAAACAAUUGAUGGUAAAUUACUAUAUCGAUCAAGUUGUUGUAUUAAAACGUGAAUUGACUGAAAAAGAAAAGAAAAAUAAUAAAUUAAAGAAUUAUCAUGCUUCUUCAUAUAUCCUUGAAAGUAUUUUCAAUAUUACACAAGACGAGAAUGACUCUGAAAAGAAAAAUAAUAAAAAAGGCAUAGGGUCAGAAUAUCAUCAGGUUCCACCACCAAUGAUGGGAAAUUAUACUUGUUGUGAUGGUGAGAAGGUGGAAAAGGCAAUAAAUAAUGUUGACCAGUUGCCUGAAAAUAUUGAUGUGACUUACAUCGAAUCUGAUGUUGGUGAAUAA